UUGUUGAUUCUAAGGUUGUAGUUGUUGAUGCUAAGGUUGUAGUUGUUGAUGCUGAGGUUGUAGUUGUUGAUGCUGAGGUUGUAAUUGUUGAUGCUGAGGUUGUAAUUGUUGAUGCUGAGGUUGUUAUUGUUGAUGAGGCUGUGAUUGUUGAUGCUGAGGUUGUAUUUGUUGAUGAGGUUGUAGUUGUUGAUGAGGCUGUAGUUGUUGAUGAGGUUGUAGUUGUUGAUGCUGAGGUUGUAGUUGUUGAUGAGGCUGUAGUUGUUGAUGCUGAGGCUGUAGUUGUUGAUGAGGCUGUAAUUGUUGAUGCUGAGGCUGUAGUUGUUGAUGCUGAGGCUGUAGUUGUUGAUGAGGCUGUAGUUGUUGAUGCUGAGGCUGUAGUUGUUGAUGCUGAGGUUGUAGUUGUUGAUGAGGCUGUAGUUGUUGAUGAGGCUGUAGUUAUUGAUGAUGAGGCUGUAAUUGUUGAUGAGGCUGUAGUUGUUGAUGAAGCUGUAGUUGUUGAUGAAGCUGUAGUUGUUGAUGCUGAAGUUGUAGUUGUUGAUGAAGCUGUAGUUGUUGAUGCUGAGGUUGUAGUUGUUGAUUAG